AUGGGAGUGGGAGCGAUUGGAUCAGUGGGGUUGUUCAUGCAGAGGGGAGAUGCUUUGGGUGCCUGGCAGGUGCCCCCAAGGUGGGGGGAACAUGCAUGCCUGGGGGGUUCCCAUGGAGAGGGGUGCAGGGACCCGCUGCCCUCUGCCCCCCUCUGCCGGGUGCUCACUGUUGAGGCUGGGCACAAGGCCCCGACGCGGGCGCUGCAGCGGUGGGACACCCAGCCCACACCGCACUCGGCUCCUCGCAGGGGCUUCAGCUACGUGGACCUGGUGGAGGGGCUGCGGGACGGGCGCUUCUAUGCCCUGAAGCGCAUCCUGUGCCAUGACAAGGAGGACCGCCAGGCUGCCCUGCACGAGGUGAAGAUGCAUGGCCUCUUCGACCACCCCAACAUCCUGCGUCUGGAGGCCCACUGCAUAGUGGAGAAGGGCGCCAAGCAUGAAGCCUGGCUCCUCCUACCCUACGUGAAGGGGGGGACCCUCUGGAGCGAGGUGGAAGCAUUGCAAAAGAAAGGGACCUUCAUGCCAGAGCAGCGGAUCCUCCUCAUCCUCCAUGGCAUCUGCCGUGGGCUGCAAGCCAUCCACAGCAAGGGCUACGCGCACAGGGACCUCAAGCCCACCAACGUGCUGCUGGAUGAGGAUGACCGGCCCGUGCUGAUGGACCUGGGCUCCAUGAACCGAGCUCGCAUCGAAGUCAACAGCUCUCGGGAGGCCAUGGCCGUGCAGGACUGGGCUGCCCAGCGCUGCACCAUCUCCUACCGUGCCCCCGAGCUCUUCACGGUGCCGAGCCAGUGCGUCAUAGACGAGCGCACAGAUAUCUGGUCCCUAGGCUGCGUGCUGUACUGCAUGAUGUUUGGGGAGGGCCCCUUCGACGCCAUCUUCCAGAAGGGUGACAGCGUGGCUCUGGCCGUGCAGAACCCCAUCACUGUGCCUCCCACGACCAGGUACUCGGCUGCCUUGCAGCGCCUGCUCUUCUCCAUGAUGACACUGAACCCCCAGGAGCGACCCAGCAUAAAUGAAGUCCUCCACCAGCUGGAGGGGCUGCAGCCAGCGCCGGUGGGCCAGGACACCACACAAAUCUGA